GGUAUAAUCCCAGCUCCAGACUGGCCUCUCCCACCCACUCUCAACAACACCAUGAAGCCCACCCUGCUCUGCCCCUUCCUGAUGUUCCUAAUCUUCUCCCUGCUGCUACCUCCACUGAUGGGGAGCUUCCUUUUUAAAGGACGUCCAAUAGGUCCUACAAAGGCAACCCACAAAAAUGCUUCACCUCCUCCCCCUGAUUCGAGUGACCCACUUACUAGUACUGAGAACUCUACAGAGAUCCCUGCAGAUACAGGGAUCACUUUGAAGGAUUCAGCUGGAAAGUUUUCAGAGAAACCAGGCCUAUGCCCUAAGGACCCCCUUCCAUGCAAAGAGCUUUGCCAUGGAGAUGACUCCUGCCCCCAUGGACAGAAAUGCUGCAGCACAGGCUGUGGGCACAUAUGCCAGGGAAACAUUGAAGGAGGGCGGGCUGGCCAUUGUCCACUUAUCCUCCAUAGCCUUUGUAUAGUGGGCUGCAGAAUUGAUGACAACUGUCCACAUGGAGAGAAAUGCUGCAAGUCUGGCUGCGGCCAGUUCUGUAUGGCCCCUAUCUUAGAUCAAAACUCCACCCAGACUCCUGAAGAGGAGCCUGCCCCUCAAAACUUUACUGAGACUCCAAUCCCUGGAAUACCUGCAGUUCCAGAUACCCAGGUAAACUAGGUGACCUGAUGUUCCAGAGCUUCCUCAACUCCAGGAAUGGCUGGUCUUCAGUGGCCUCCUGGGGUCCCUGACCUUGAGGAAUGGAUGGCUCUACUCACUGGCCCCUCAGAUCUGCCCCCAUUGCUCUCCUAGGACCUGGCGACACAGCUUUGGGGAGGGAGGGGAUUCUCCAGGCUGAUU